AUGUUCGCGGUGUCUCCCGUCGCGGACAUAGAGGUUCGCUUCGAUCCAAAGAGGUUCGCGGUGGCUCCCGUCGUGGACAUCGAGAGGUUCGCGGUGGCUCCUGUCGUGGACAUCGAGGUUCGCUUCGAUCCACAGAGGUUCGCGGUGGCUCCUACUGUGGACAUAGAGAGGUUCGCGGUGUCUCCCGCCGUGGACAUAGAGGUUCGCUUCGAUCCACAGAGGUUCGCGGUGUCUCCCGUCGCGGACAUAGAGGUUCGCUUCGAUCCACAGAGGUUCGCGGUGUCUCCCGCCGUGGACAUAGAGGUUCGCUUCGAUCCACAGAGGUUCGCGGUGUCUCCCGUCGCGGACAUAGAGGUUCGCUUCGAUCCAAAGAGGUUCGCGGUGACUCCCGUCGUGGACAUAGUGAGGUUCGCGGUGGCUCCCGUCGUGGACAUCGAGGUUCGCUUCGAUCCAAAGAGGUUCGCGGUGUCUCCCGUCGUGGACAUAGAGAGGUUCGCGGUGUCUCCCGUCGCGGACAUAGAGGUUCGCUUCGAUCCAAAGAGGUUCGCGGUGGCUCCCGUCGUGGACAUCGAGGUUCGCUUCGAUCCACAGAGGUUCGCGGUGGCUCCCGUCGUGGACAUAGAGGUUUGCUUCGAUCCAAAGAGGUUCGCGGUGUCUCCCGCCGUGGACAUAGAGGUUCGCUUCGAUCCACAGAGGUUCGCGGUGUCUCCCGUCGCGGACAUAGAGGUUCGCUUCGAUCCACAGAGGUUCGCGGUGUCUCCCGUCGCGGACAUAGAGAGGUUCGCGGUGUCUCCCGUCGUGGACAUAGAGGUUCGCUUCGAUCCAAAGAGGUUCGCGGUGGCUCCCGUCGUGGAUAUCGAGGUUCGCUUCGAUUCACAGAGGUUCGCGGUGGCUCCCGUCGUGGACAUAGAGGUUCGCUUCGAUCCAAAGAGGUUCGCGGUGGCUUCCGUAGUGGACAUAGAGGUUCGCUUCGAUCCACAGAGGUUCGCGGUGGCUUCCGUAGUGGACAUAGAGAGGUUCGCGGUGGCUCCCGUCGUGGACAUCGAGGUUCGCUUCGAUCAAAAGAGGUUCGCGGUGGCUCCCGUCGUGGACAUCGAGGUUCGCUUCGAUCCAAAGAGGUUCGCGGUGGCUCCCGUCGUGGACAUCGAGGUUCGCUUGGAUCCACAGAGGUUUGCGGUGGCUCCCGCCGCGGACAUAGAGGUUCGCUUCGAUCGACAUUGGUUUGGGGUGGUUCCCGGCAGGCGAGGAGACCAGGCUUCGACUGUCGAGAGGGUCGAGGAGGAAGUCGUUGGAAGAGUGUUCGGGCUCAGAGGUGCUGAGAUGAGGACCAUAUAG